CUGGUGACACACUAUAUAAACUCCUGCCGUCGUAUCCAUCUUUCACCCUUUUAUACACGCGUUACCAUCCAAACCUUCCCAAUGAUGCAGAUGAGGUACAGCGGAAACGCAAAGUCGAGACCCAUGACAAUUGCAAAAGGUUCAAAUACUCACGGGGUAGGCGCAGUUGGCGUAUUACAUUGCACUCAUCAUGAUUUCGUUCUGUUAGAUCCUUAAUCAACGGCCGUCAAGAAACGAAUACUACCAGAUCGGUAUCUACGAAACCCAGGGCAUCCGCCCCACCAUGGAGGAUACGCAUGCCUUUGUUGUUGACUUUGAUUCGGUCAGAGGCCAAGGAUACUUUGGCGUGUUUGACGGCCACGGAAACAAAAAUGUAUCAGAGUGGUGUGGCUACUACUUUCACCAGAUGCUCUUGGGUGCGAUGCAUGAUCACCCAUACCUUGCUCCCGAGAAAGUUCUUCACAAGGCAUUCAAGAGAGUGGACGAAACAUUGCGAAAGUAUUCCCUACAAUCUGAAAAGGUAGCCGAGUCCGGAUCUACAGCAGCGGUUGCUUUUCUGCGUAUCGAAAAUGAAGACGGUACACAGGUCUCGUUUGCUUCUUCACUCGCAUCCGAGCACGCAUCUCCGACACUUACGCCGUCUGCCUCACGACAGCUAAGAGUACCGCCAUACACAGCUAGACGAGUCCUGUACUGUGCCAAUGCAGGUGACGCGCGCGUGGUUCUAUGUCGUAAUGGGACUGCGAAGCGAUUGACACAGGAUCACAAAGUGACUGAUCCAUCUGAGGAGUCCCGCAUAAGGCAAGCCGGGGGUGUCAUUAUGCGAGGCCGUGUAUUUGGCACAUUGGCUGUUUCACGGAGCUUGGGCAAUCACAUAUCAUACAAUGGUAUCCGGAUGAAACAAUAUGUGAUUUCGACGCCGUACACAUCUCGGACGGAGUUGACGAACGAAGAUGAGUUUUGUAUUAUUGCAUGUGAUGGGCUUUGGGAUGUAAUGGCAGAUCAAGAUGCAGUCAACCUUGUGCGGCGUAUCAAAGACGCCCAGUACGCAAGCAAGAUUCUCGUCAAUCAUGCACUUUGUAACCAAGUUCAGCCGACCCGGGAUAAUGUCACAGUGAUGGUUAUCCGGUUCAAGGACUUUGUACAAAAGUGAUUGCUGGGGAGAUUCCACUAUGUUACUUUUUGUGUUUAGGUUUUCUCGCGUCGCAGUCCUAAGGCUAUUGUAUAGUGUUCAUGUAUUUCACUGCAGUCGUGUCAUGGUUGAUGAAUAAAUGUAUUGUAGGAGGCCAUUUUCAUAUUUA